GAUUCAGAUUAAGGACAGAAUAUCAAACAAUGAUGCAGAUCUUGAUCCGCCGAUACGAGCCUUCUGACAAAGAAGCUGUUUUAACGAUUUACAGAGAUGCAAUUGAGGAGCACAUCAAUCCUACAUUCAUGUUUGCCAUGACCCAGCCUCUGUACAUCACUAUAAGUCUGUUCAUUUACAUUGGUUCUUAUGUGAUGAGCGGACAGUCUGUUAUUCUGGCCCUCAUAUCAGGAGGUGCUUGGGUUGGCCUGAUUUACUUCUGUUGCUAUGAGUUCUACUCUGGAUAUGUCCGAGAGAGACUACAAACGGACAUGAAAGACAUCUCGGGUCACUUUCUCAGCCAUCCAGACAACUGCUUCUGGGUUGCUGAAGCCGAGAUGGACGGCAGACCUCAGAUUUUGGGUAUGGUGGCUGUGGAAAGCAAAAAUGACAGCGACGGAAAGAAGUAUGGAGAGCUUUUACGAAUGAAUGUGUCGUCCAGCUGUCGCCGCAUUGGUCUCGCUAAACGGUUGGCUAAAACUGUGGAAGACUUCUGCAGGGAACGUGGCUUCUGGAAGAUCAUACUGUCCACCUCUUCUACUCAAAGAGCAGCUGAGGCACUGUACUACAAGAUGGGCUUUAAACUUACCCUGGUUAAUACUCAAUCUGAGUGCCCACAGUGGAUGGUCUGGAUGACACGAGCAAAGAUUCUGUACAUGGAGAAGGUCAUGUGAUCAUUGACUGGCUGCAGGUUAAAACACACCUGAACUUUGUGUCUUGGUGGCUUACUGUCAAACCUCAUCAGCCAAAUGAAUUCCUGUUACUCUUUUUACAUGAUCUGACCACAAAAAAUAAUUUUAAUAGAUUUAGCGGCAGUUUCCCAGACAGGGAUUACUUAAAACAGAACUGGGCUUCGGUUAAAUUAGAACAUUUAAAGACGGCAUGAAACAUGAGUAGCAAUUGAAUUUUUUCCGCAUCGUAAUGGGAAAUUGUUUACAGUUUUUUAUUGAUUGAAGUUUCUCAAAAUCUUCUUUUUCUUUACAUAAGAAAUGUCCUUAAACAAGAUCAAGAUUCUGUCCAGUAUGUCAAAGCGAUAAUGCCAGUCUUUAAAGAACUCUUCUGCUGUACUUCCAUGUAGACAGAAGGGGGAGACAUUGAUUUAAGGAUGUUAUUAUAACAAUCACUGGUACAUAGAAACCGAAACAAAUCAGACAUAAAUCGGGACACACGGCAGUGUAUGAUUUCUGAAUUUUGCAUCUCACCUUCAUGCAAUAUGCAGUGUCCUUCAUGUCUGUUCAUGUCUGUUUUGUAUGAUAAAGUUCAAACGUGUAAUGUCGAUACAUGUAAAUCUUUAACAGUUUCCAUUUUAUAGUUAUGCUAUGUAAAACAUUUUAUUGGCUAAAAAUGUUAUUUUGUGGAAAAUAAUAACGAAUUGCUGAAAAUAGUUUUUUUAAGAAUGUCUUCAGCUUGAGAUUUUUACAGGAGUCACAUCACCUCAAGUGUCCUAUAGAGGUGUGGUUUAUUACAUUAACUCUUGGAAAAAAUAUUCGUUUUAAUUUGGGUCAUCUAACUUAAAGCCUAAACUUUGUUUUGUGAUUUUUUUUCUUUCUAUAAAUGCCAUUGGGUUUCGUUUUAGUAUCUAAUGCAAUGACAAGCAGACA